AUGUCGGCGAAACAAGAGCAAGGAACCAUAUUUGACAGCAUCUCUCCUGACCCUCCUGCUUCUUUGAUGAUCAGUCCUCAAUCGGCAGAUCUCGGACCUACCCAAGGCGAACCAUCGUUCAGGCACAACACCUACCUAACUAGUCGAAAACAUGUUCUCAAUCCUGCGAAAGAUGUGUUCAUGGGAGGCGAGCCUAACAGUGGAAGCGAGCCUGACAGCCCUCAAUCUCCCUUGCUAAGUCUUCCAGAGGACGGAUUUACUCUGCCGGAGCGUCUCACAGAGCCACAGUUUGCCAGGAACAUCGGAAGGGCAUCUCAACAAUCGGAGACACCCUAUCAGCUUCUUCACCAGGAUGAAGAUACAAUGCACUGGCCAUUGGUGCCACCAACACCCUUGACAGAACUCGCAAUCGUCACUUCAUCCGAGCGCGAUUCCGUCUGCUGUAUCUCGGCACCUGAGCGUUUGCGAGGCACUGCUCUCUGGGGCGGCGUUACAGCAUGCUUACACCUUCUCCAUGAUCUGAUGGUCGGCCGCCCAAUAUCAGAUGCCGUCUUUGAGUCGUACUACAUACGUGGUUCUCAGGGACAAGAAGACCACAAUUAA